GCUCAUGUGACUCUUGUUUGUAACGUCGUAUUGAAGGGAAAAGUAAUGUCCAGGUACCCGAUAGUUGUGCAGGGGGAAGCCUCUGAAACAGACUCCGAUGAUGAAGUGUACAUCACAUCUCUGCCUCCUCCUCAAACUGCCACAGUGGGAGCCAAGGUUCCAGGGGAGGCAUCAGAAACAGACAGCGAGAGCGAGCAGGAGCAGCCACAUCAGAGUGCUACAGUGAACCAUGAGAGCGCCCAGAUCUUCAAGAGAGACCUUCCUCCUCUUAUCGUAGUCAGAGACCACCCUGAUAUACAGUCAGUGGUGGAAGACAGACCCAGCCCCACACACCAACGACAUGGUGACACUCUGCUACAGCAGAAGCUGCAGGAGUCUAACCACCAUUUGUACUCUGAUGUGGGUCAAGCCCUUCGUCAUGUAUACGGAAAUGCCAGUCGGGAGAUUCGCACUGCAACAACUCAGCUAAAUGCAUCUCAGAGUGCCAUCAUCAACGCGUCCCACAGCAUCCGCCUGAUUCUGGACGACCUCAAGGCUGUAUCGGAGAAAAUUGACAUCAUCACCAGCUGCCAAAUCCUGCCUGACAUCAACAUGAGGCAAACAGAGAGUGCAGUGUCUCCUAUAUCCUGAUCCUGUUAAAAUAGGACUAGGGGAUACUAUUGCUAUUCAAAUUAGCUAGUUAUAAUUCCCAAUAAUGAUAUUACUAUGUCCAUGACAUGCAUUUAUUUAUUAUAAUAAAUUAUUU